UUUAACCAAAAUAAUAAACCACAUGUAUAAUAUUGCCGCAUUCUGUUGUUGUAUCAUAAUUUAAGUAAAAUGGCCAAAUUUGAUGAAGAAUGCUCAUAUAACUGUGUAUCAAUAAAAAAUUUCUUUCGUCUUCCAAUUGUUUUUAAAGAAGAAAACUGCUUCUUGAUUAACGAGGGUAAUAGAUGUAUUGUAAAGGUUAGUGACAGAAAAUUGCUACAGUCUUGGAGAUUAAAGCAUCCUCAUUAUUUUACGGCUCCUGUAGUUUUUGAUAAUGAAAAUGAAUUAAUGUAUUGUGUAAUUGAAAAUAAUACUGCUCUUAGAUGGCCUUAUUCAACAGCUGAUGAUGAUGUUUUGAAAAUUGCUUCAAAAUUUAAGUUUCAAGAAGCUAUAUUUGGAGUAAUUCCUGUUCUUGGGCAUAAACCAUUGAUUCUAUUUGCUUCUGGAAAAGCAUUAAAAGGUGAAGAAUUAGAUUUUCAAUCAGCGCCCAAAGGGAAUCGUUUUAUUACAGAGAAUGAAAAUUUAAUUUGGGCUGAUUCAUUAAAGCUGAAUUCUGGAGCUAUGAUUGUUUGUAUUUCUCAAAAGAAUGAAGAUUAUCGAUUGCAUUAUUUUGCUAUUACUGAGAAAAAAAUAAAAAGGGGGCAAAACCAUCCUUUAGUGCAAAAGGGAGCAUCCUUAAAGAACUGGUGCCUUAAUAGAUCAAUGUGUUCCUUUGUCACCAUCUGGUCAAAUGGCGUUAUUUUAAGUUAUAACCUAGACACCAAGGAAGAAACGACAUUGCUGACUUUAACAGAUAUUGAUAAUCAUUUAUUAGCCAUUGAUUUCAUGGAUUCAAAUCAUUUAGCUAUCAUGAAAUUUGAUCCCAAAAAUAAAGGGGCUUGUCUGGAAAUGUGGGACCUCAAAUUCAAAAUUUUAAAAGCAAGAAAAGCACUGAAAAAUAUAGAAUCACCUGAUGUUAAACUUUCUGUCAUAGGUUCUUCUGUGUUUUUUUCAAAUGGUGAAGAUUUGGUUGAAGUUUCCUAUCAUGUAGAAAAAUCAACUUUAGCUAGUGGUCUUGGCAAAGGUUUUGCAGCUGUUCCAGUGGUGCAAGAAUUUUCUUGGAAUACUAAAAAUUGUACAGAUUUAUGCAAUUCUGAAAAGGAUACUGAAGAAAUAAUGGAUGUUUCUGAAAAUGAACAAACUAUUUUAGAUUCUACUGAACUAAUUGCUCAAAGAUUAAUGGAAGAAGGUUCUAUGAGCUUAAAUUAUAUUUCGGAAGCUGAGUUGGUGAGAUUAUUGCGCUUAGCCAUUAGAUAUAAAUUCAAGAAAAAGGAGACUGAAGAAAAUAUUACUAUUGAGCCUGACCUAAUACUAAAUACUGUCUUUUCUACAUCAUUUAGUGAAGUCUUUUUAGUGAAAUCUCUAAAAAAACUCAAUUUAGAAGAUGCUAUGAUGGCAUUGAAUAUUCUUUCAUCUUUUUUACUUGACGAGGAAUCUUUAUCUAUAAAAGAUAAACAAAAACCAUCUGAUUUGCAGCUCUUCAGUUGGAUGUUUUUAAUCAUUCAGUCUCAUAUGGAAGCAUUGUUACUUUCAAAAGAUAAGAAAGCGCUAAAGCUAUUUAGAAAAUUACAAAAGUGUAUUUCAGAAAAGUUGCAAGAUUGUGAAGAUGUUGAAAAUAUACAAUAUUUAUUACAUCUCAUACAAAAGAAAAAGAAUAUAUUGCCAGAGAAAUAUGUAACAGGAAAAUAUUGUAUAGAGACAUUAGAUACAUGAUUUUUUUUAUAUAAAAUUUUCGUUUGUAUAUUUA